AUGGAGGCAGUCACGUGUCUCCACCUCUUCCUUUUGGGCCUUCUGAUCAACAGCUUCUCCUUGCAAGCCGUUGAAGGUAAAACCUGCAGCAGAGGAUGGAUUCACUACGGGAAUAAAUGCUACGGAGUCUUUACUGAAAAGCGAUCAUGGCCAGAUGCAGAGGUGGCAUGUCAGAGCUACGGCCGGAAAGGCCACCUGGCGUCUUUUCUCUCAAAACAAGAGAAUGCUGUCCUGGCCAAGUACAUCAUUGCCAAUUACCCGGAUGUUCACAUGGUCUGGAUCGGAAUGCAUGCCCCCAAAGAUGUCGGGAAGUGGAAAUGGAUCGAUUUAUCACCACCCAACUUCAAGCCGUGGAACGUUGGGGAGCCCACCAACACACUAGGACAACUCUGUGUCUAUAUGUCCAUCACAUCAGGUUUUAUGAAAUGGAGUGAUGGAGACUGCAAAACUAGGAUGUCUUUUGUCUGCCAGACUGUGCUGUAG